AUGCCUAUCUCGUGGCCGAUGAUGACGAUGGCGGAGAAAUUUGCUGAAGAACUUGGCUUAACUUCUUUCAAACCAUCAGAAGGAUGGCUCGGAAAAUUCAAACAACGUCAUCAUAUCAACUAUGGUAAAAUUAGUGAAGAAGCACGAAGUGUUGAUACAAAUGUUACUCGCGAUUGGAUUAAUAGAUUGUGGUCAAAAUUGACAGAAAAAUACGCCCCAACUGACAUUUUUAAUGCCGAUAAAGCAGGAAUUUUCUAUAAGUUGACCCCAGAUAAAAGUCUGAAAUUUAAAGGGGAAAAGUGUGUGGGAGGAAAGCUCUCCGAGGAGCAUAUUACCGUGCCUGUGGCUGCUAAUAUUGAUAGCACAGGAAAAAAAGCUGAUGUUAAUAGGCAAAUCGAAAAAUCCGCGGUGUUUUAA